CAGCUUGAAGAAGAUGGCACAGAAGUGACUGUUGAGAGAGUAUAUGAUGAUUUUGAAUGGCUACAGCAUUGUCUCACAACUGAUAAUGAUAUUGGAGGCAUCAUUGUGCCCCCAUUGCCUCCAAGGCCUGUAUCAUCAGCUGCUGAAAGUGCUGCAAAAUCCAGGAAGGAACUUGGAGAGGAAAGUACAAAGGUCAAAGGUGAUGAGUUUCAUAAAGAAUGCCGUCAUUUAGAGAAAUACCUCAGCCUAGUCAUCAAGCACUGUACCUUGGGCAAGGAUGAAACUCUAGCAAAAUUCCUCACAUCUACAGAUCCACCCAUACGUGCCAAGGUGAAGCGAGGUCUUUUCUCUAACCUGACACAGAAGAUGUCAGAGGUUAUGAAAGGAGGUCACCAAGACACAGACAGUGGGUUUCAACAUGAGAGAGAUAGAGCAAAUCAGGUGCUACCCAUCAUGAGAGAUCUUAGUCAGGUCUUCAAACUUAGAACAAAUCAUUUACAAAGGUUAUCAGCUGCCUUGAAUCAUUUUGCAACAGCCUUAUGUCUGGUCAGCAGUGCAGAGAAAGAUGAAAGACUUAUUGAAGGAACCCAGAUCCAGUUGUUGUUUGCCAGAGCCAUGGAACAUUAUUCUCAUGGUAUAGAUGUAUUUACAGCUAAUCAUGAGUCAUCAUUAGGCUUCUUCUUAGAUGUGUAUGCUAGAUAUGCAGAAGCUGAGAAGGAAAUGUUGCACAGAAGAACACUGAAAUUGGUAGAGUUUGACAGUGCAGUGAAGACACUCAACAAGGCAAACCCUCAGAAGAGACCACUUGCAGAAGAAAACAAGGAGAAGAAGGAGAAAGAUUUUAAUGACGUCUCAAGAACAGCAAAGAAAGAGCUUCAGGUGUAUAAUCAUCAACGAGUGAUUGAGUUCCAGAAAUCAUUGGUGCUGUAUGCGGAGGCCAACAUCAAGACAGCAAGAGACUUGUAUGCCCUGCUUGCUAAGGACCUUUCAGAAAUCAAACAUACCACUCUGUAGAUCUCCAUCUGUUCUUGUAUCAUUUUGAUAUUUCCUGUAGUGUAAGAGAGAAAAAUUAUUUUUGUACAUUUCUCAGGCUUUACACUUUUCAUGGAUAUCAUCUUAUUUCAAAAUAUGAUGCAAUAGUCAUAAUUUACUUGAGGAGAUACAGAUGAUAAAGUGAAGGUUUUGUGUGAGAUAUAUGUGAUUAAAGAAUUCCAACUCUGAUAUGCAAUAACAUGUAAUUAGAUUAAUAUCAAGGAUGUAUGAUGAGGUGUAUGAGAUAAUUGUAAAAAAUAAAAAAAUAAUAAAAAUAGAUAUAUCUUGUAGAGCAGAGAAAAUAUAAUUUGUAAUCUUUAAUUUUAUCUGAGGCUCAAGAAUGAAAGACUUAAAAUACGGAAUAUAAAUAAUCCUGCUGUCAGUGUGAGAGACAGUAUAACAUUUAUCAUAUACUUUCUUGCUCAUAGACAUAUUGGGGUAGGUUUUUUUUUUUCCACUGGGUAAUAUCAGAAGGUAGCUAGACAGCAAUCCUACCAUUUCUUGUUAGAGAACUUAGGAUUUAAUUGGAUACAUUUUUUGGGUGACUUGCAUUAGUUGAUUAAAAAAGAGGGUAUGCGCGAUCUUGUGAAUUGAUGACAUUUGUGAUGUCGAAGCCAGACAUUCCUCACCUUUGCUGUCAUAGAGAUUGUACACUUAAUGAUCUUAGCUUAUAAAAUUGACUGAUAUUCAUAAUUAGGAAUGACCACUUAUGGACAACCUUAUGGAAUUCCUCAGAUGCACAUUAUUAAUUAAGAAAAUAUUUUCUUCUUUCUAUCUAAUAUUAUCUUUCAAAGUGAAAAGAAUUUCUUAAUGCCUAAAAACUUCUGGUAAAAACUGUGAGCAGAUGGUUUUUGUCUCACCUGCAUAGCAGAGUGAGACUAUAGGCGCCGCUUUUCCGACGGCGGCGUCAACACCAAAUCUUAACCAAAGGUUAAGUUUUUUUAAUGACAGCAUAAUUUAGAAAGUAUAUGGACCUAGUUCAUGAAACUUGGCCAUAAGGUUAAUCAAGUAUUACUGAACAUCCUGCCUGAGUCUCAGGUCACUUGACCAAGGUCAAAGGUCAUUUAGGGUCAUUGAACUUAGACCAUGUUGGGGGAAUCAACAUCAAAAUCUUAACCUAAGGUUAAGUUUAUGAAAUGUCAUAACUUAGAAAAUAUAUGGACCUAGUUCAUGAAACUUGGACAUAAGGUGAAUCAAGUAUUACUGAACAUCUUGCCUAGAGUUUCGAGUCACAUGACCAAGGUCAAAGGUCAUUUAGGGUCAAUGAACUUUAGCCAAAUUGAGGGUCUCUGUUGAAUUACCAUCAUAACUUUGAAAGUUUAUGGAUCUGAUUCAUGAAACUAAGACAUAAGACUAAUCAAGUAUCACUGAACAUCAUGUGCGAGUUUCAGGUCACAUGAUCAAGGUCAAACGUCAUUUAAGGUCAAUGAACUUUGGCCAAGGGAGGGGUAUUUGUUGAAUUACCAUCAUAACUUUGACAGUUUAUUGGUCUAGUUCAUACAACUUGGACAUAAGAGUAAUCAAGUAUCACUGAACAUCCUGUGCAAAUUUCAGGUUACAUGACAAAGAUCAAAGGUCAAUGAACUUUGUCCGUUUUUGGGGGUAUCUGUCAAAUUACCUUCAUAACUUUGAAAGUUUAUGGACCUGAUUCAUGAAACGUGGACAUAAGAGUAAUCAAGUAUCACUGAACUUCCUGUGCCAGUUUCAGUUCACAUGACCAAGGUCAAAACUCAUUUAAGGUCAAUGAACUUGGCCAUGUUGGGGUAUUUAUUGAAUUACCAUCAUAACUCUGUAAGUGUAUUGGUCUAGUUCAUAAAACUUGGACAUAAGAGUAAUCAAGUAUCAUUGAAAAUCUCUUGCGAGUUUCAGGUCACAUGACCAAAGUCAAAGGUCAUUGAACUUUGGCCAUUUUGGAGGUAAUUAUUAGAUUGCUGUGAUAACUUUCAAAGUUUAUAGAUAUAGUUUAUAAAAUGUGGAUAUAGGGGUAAUCAAGUAUCACUGACAAGUCUUAGGUCACAUGAUCAAGGUCCAAUGUAAUUUAUUGUCAAUGAACGUAGUAUUGUAUCAUUAUAUGAAUGGUGUUUUUUGUGAAUAAUUAUUUUAUAGUAGUUUUCAAAGUCAGCACUGCUGCUAUAUUGAAUUGCGUGAUGCAGGUGAGACUGCCAGAGGCACUCCACUCGUGUUUAGAUGCAUCAUGUUACAGUCUCUAAUUUUAUUCUUGCCCAUUAUUACCCCAGUAAUGUUGUCAAAUAAAAAAAUGAGUGAUAUUUGAGUCCACAUCUUUCUAGUAGCUUUUAAUCAGUAAUUUUAAAGACCCACAAGUCAAUGAUGAAAUCCCAAAGGUAAUUUUAUUAUACGCCCGUUCUACUGGGCUUAUUAUGGUAUCAUGCUCGGUGUCAGUCCGUCCGUUUGUUAACUUUCCUUUGUAAACGCGAUAACUUUAGUUUAACUUAACCGAGGCUCAUAAUUUGGUGUGUAUAAUACCAGCAUGGAUCCCAGGAAGCCUUUGGAUUUUUAGGUCAAAAGGUCAAAUGUCAAGUUCACAGUGACAUGUUUUCACCUUACCCUUCUGAAGUCCUUGUAAAUGCGAUAACAUUAGUUAAACUUAACCAAGGCUCAUAUAAUUUGGUGUGUAUGAUACUAGUGUGAAUCCUUGAAAGCCUAUCGAUUUUGAGGUUAAAGGUCAAGGUCACGGUGACAUGCUUUCAUCUUACCCUUCUGAAGUCCUUGUAAAUGCAAUAACUUCAGUUUAACUUAACCUAGGCUCAUAUAAUGUGGUGUGUAUGAUACUAGCAUGGAUCCCGGAAUUAUAUUGAUUUUGAGGUCAAAAGGUGAAAGGUCAAGUCGCCACCUUCCACUUUUCUUGCUUGACCAAUUACUCCAUUUCCGCAUUACAGGCGGGCAUAUUAUGUGCUCGCCCCAGCGUUACUCUUGUUUAAUAAAUGUCAUAUUCCAAGAAGGAUUUGAGCCUGCGACCCCUGUGUGGGACAUUGCUCAGUACCAUACAGCCUAAUUUACAAAGAUAUUAUUAUUGCUUUGGGUUUAUUCCCCUCCCCCUGGCCCUCCCUUCAUUUCCCUCUCCCCCUCCUUGUAUUAUGAACUUCAGUCAAUAUUAUGAUAUGCUGAGAUUAUUUGUUGUAUGAUCUCUAUGACGGCAAAGGCGAGGACUGUCUGGCAUUGACGUCACACACGUCAAGUCACGUGAUCGUGCAUACCCUUUUUUAAGGGAUGGAGCUUAGCUAUCAUGAGAAGUGAAAAAAAAAAGCUAUUUAUUGAUUUUUCGGGGGAAAAAAUUGUUUUCCUUUUUUAGAAUCACCAUAGAAAAUUACUUUAGAUAUGUUAAUUUCAUUUUUUGCACAUUUUGAUUACAGGGGCCCUGUUAGACUGGUCAGCUAUAUGAAGGUUGAAUGAAAGAAAUAAGCCAAAAACUAGAAGGUCAACAUUCCAAGAAUGUCAUGAGGGCUGUAAUACAUGUAUGCUUUGCAAGACAAUGAAAGUGCCUUUUAUAAGUCUUUUAUAAUGUCCUUGGCAUUCAAAAUAAAUAUGUAUAUUUCAUCAUGCUUUUCAUGAUCACAAAUAUCCAUUCAUGUUUCUGAUUAAUUCCUUGAAAUAUCAUUUUUGCAUGGUUGAUGUUGUGACAAAGAUUCAAAUUAGGUAUUUUUUUAAUUGAACAAUUAAAUUUUCUCAAUUUUUAGAAAUUUUUUUUUCAAAUUGAACUGUUGAAAGUUUUCUAUUUAUAAUAUUGCAUGUAUGGACCAAAGAAGACAAUUUUUGUAUGCUUUAUCUAUUUGAAUGAAUGAAUGAAUUGGCUGUAGUGAUUACACAUUUCCUUAUUUGUUCGACUAGUUGUA